UAUGGUGACAGAGGAGGGAUGUUGUUAUGUGUCUUCAGCUCUGAGUUCAAACCCCUCACACUUAAGAGAGCUGGAUCUAAGCUAUAAUCACCCGGGAGAUUCAGGAGUCAAGCUGCUCUCUAAAAAACUGGCGGAUCCAAACUGCUCACUGGACAAAUUCAAGUAUGUCGAGCAGGAAGAGAUGUCUCUGUUCUUGUGUUCAGAUGCCUGUUUUCUCACACUGGAUCCAAACACAGCACACACUCAACUCAGACUGUCUGAAGAGAAUAGAAAGGUGACACGUGUGAGAGAGAAACAGUCGUAUCCUGAUCAUCCAGACAGAUUUGAUGAGUGUCGUCAGGUGUUGUGUAGAGAGAGUGUGUGUGGACCCUGUUACUGGGAGAUUGAGUGGAGGGGAUAUGAUGUGUAUAUAUCAGUGUCAUAUAAGAGCAUCAGCAGGAAGGGACGGGAUAAUGAGUGUCGGUUUGGACGUAAUGAUCAGUCCUGGAGUUUGAUCUGCACUCACUCCAGUUACUCAUUCAGACACAAUAAGAUAGAGACUCAUCUCCCUGUAAAGUCCAUCAGCAGGAGAAUAGGAGUGUUUGUGGAUCACAGUGCAGGAUCUCUGUCCUUCUACAGCGUCUCUGACACAAUGAGCCUCAUCCACACAGUCCAGACCACAUUCACUCAGCCGCUCUAUCCUGGGGUUUAUGUUAAUAAUGAAUCAUCAGUGAAACUGUGUUGAUGAAUCAGAGAAUGACGAAAGAUUCUACCCAUAAUUGCUUUGAGCUGCAUUAUAAAUCAGUAACAGUGAGAUGUUAUAGUCUCUUCAUGACAUUAAUACUGCAGCUCAACUUCUGUCACUGAA